GCCAAAUUCAGCUAAAAUGAGCCAAUCAAAAGCAGUGUGACUUAUUCGCACUUACAGACAACAGAACAAGAAUUCUCAAAAAUCACUCCACCUUGAAGCUGGUUCGCCUGGUUCCUAUUUAUCUGGUUGAAAAUGUCUUCCUCGUCAGCCAACACGUCAUCUGCUGGGGCUAAGGAUGCACAACAUGACUUCACCGAACUGACGGAGGAGUUGAAUAACCUCCAGGACCAUGCCUUGAAUCAACACGAGCAAUUCGUAAAUAAUCGAUCAAUCAUAGCCGAGUCAAGCAAAGAGAUGGAUCAGUUGUGCAUUGAGCUCAAGAAAACCAAGACCAAGACUGCUCAGCGCCGUAUGCAAAUCGAGAAAGUGAUUGCUCAGACUAAUGAUCUGAAGAAAAUCAUGGCCAAAGAGGUGGAACAGAGUGAGAAUUUGACCAAGAAGCAGCAGAUUUUAGAAAAAGAUAUUGAUUCUGUGAAAGAGGAGUACCAGAAGAAACUUAGUGACUACGAGCUGCACAUGGCCCAAUGUGCCAAAAGGUUUUCAGCUGGACCUCGUGAAUAUGGAUUAAAAAAGAUCAACGCUGAAGUGGAAAACAUGAGGGUGAGGAAAAUGGAGGCAGCCAAAAAGAGUUUGAAAGUUGCUCAAGGACGUAGAGAUCGUCUAAUUGUUCAGCUGACCGAGACCGAGAAAAACGUUGAACAUGCCAAAAUAGUGCACAAAAUGUUUGAUGCGAAUAGAUUGGACAUUGAAGAAAAACAGUUGCAAAAUCAGGUUGCUGCUGUCAAGAAGGAGGUUGCAAGCUGGUUGAAUGAAAAGAAAGAGACCUUGGAGAAGUUGAAGAAGUUCACAGAAUCCUUUAAGUGAAUUCACUCUUAAAAGGCCAGUAUAAUUAUUUAAUUUUAAGUUGAUUCUCAAUUCUUGAAUGCCUAGAAAGGCCCGUUUUAUUUGAUACUUUCAAACAAAUCGAGUUGAAAUAAACUGAGAUUCACAUACACAUUUGAGGGUUUUAACAGCAUCAGAUUUGUGGUUCAGCCGCAAGCCUUCAAAGCCGAG